UUUUCAUGUUGGAGAUAAAGAUUUAGGUGUCAGAGCACAGUCAUUUGAUUAAAAAAACCAACUGGAGUGAUACAAAUAAAUGAUUGAAUAAAUAAAUGGGGAGAAGAGACAAAUCUCCAGUGCAUAAUUUCAAAUAAUUCAUAUAGUUAUUCCUCCCUCAAGGAAAUGGAGCAUAACUCCCCAUCCCUUAAGUUGUGCUGCAUUUAGUAACUUCCUUCCAAAGAGAACAAUGUGGAAAGGAGAGGAAGAGGGGAAGAGUAACUUCACAGUGGAGGAACCUGGCAAACACUUUGAUUACCUGGCUGAGAAAUUGGAUGAACCUUCGGGAUGCUGAGACAGGGAAGAUACUCUGGCAAGGAACAGAAGACCUGUCUGUCCCUGGUGUGGAGCAUGAAGCCCGUGUUCCCAAGAAAAUCCUGAAGUGCAAGGCAGUGUCUCGAGAAUUGAACUUUUCUUCAGCAGAGCAAAUGGAAAAAUUCCGCCUGGAACAAAAAGUUUACUUCAAAGGGCAAUGCCUGGAAGAAUGGUUCUUCGAGUUUGGCUUUGUGAUCCCUAACUCCACAAAUACCUGGCAGUCCUUGAUAGAGGCAGCACCCGAGUCCCAGAUGAUGCCAGCAAGCGUCUUAACUGGGAACGUUAUCAUAGAAACAAAAUUUUUUGACGACGAUCUUCUUGUAAGCACAUCCAGAGUGAGACUUUUCUAUGUUUGAGAGAAGAAUGUGUGUGCAUUUCAAGAAUUUGGGGUUUUUGGAGAGAGGAGGAAACUGUUUACUUUUUUCCUCCACAUGUUUGAUUUUUGAGACUUCCACCCCUAAUUCCCUCUACGGCAGAACACACCUGUGGCCACCAGGGGACCAGCUCUGUGGUAGGUAACCAGAUGGCUUUUUUUCCCAAGCGGCCAUCUUCCACUGACCAGACUAAACUCCAAACCCCAGACCAGGGCAGGGGAUGUGCCUCGACUCCUUCCUAGCAUAAACACGAGGGAACAAACACAUACCACAAACCGAUACUGUACCUACCACCCUCCCUCUCUCCUCCUCCCACAGGCUACACAUCUUCCUUUGGUCCCUGGUUUUGGAAAAAUUCACGUUCCUGACUGACCCAUGUUUAGUUUUUUCCUACCAUUUCUAUUUCAUACAUCCUUAUACAUUUAACUUGUAAAAUAGACUGUGAUAUUAUUAUUAUUAUGUAAUGUAAUUAAAACAUGAAUUAAAAUAUUCCUACAGUC